AUGUGCCAAGACGAAGUUGCAAUCAAUGGCUGGACCAGCACGCCAGCCAAUGCCGGUGCCAUCUUUGGUGAUCAGCCUUUCAUCAACAAGGCGGAGCCCCUUUCGAUCGGUGACGAUGUCAAGUUUCCAUUCGACGAUCCUAUUGUUGCAAAAACUCUGGAUUAUGUACGGGGAGUCCUGCAUCCCGAAACCCUCAACCACUCUAUGAGGGUCUACUUCUAUGGGAUGGUUAUCACCAAGCAGCAAUUUCCCGAAAUUGCUGCCACUCUCAGUCCGGCGACUUGGGCUUUGACUUGCUUGUUACAUGAUGUGGGCACUGCUGACGAAAACCUUACCGCUACACGGAUGUCGUUUGAUAUAUAUGGGGGCAUUAAAGCCCUGCAUAUUCUCAAAGACCUUGGAGCCACUCAAGAUCAGGCGGAAGCAGUCUCUGAGGCAAUCAUUCGCCAUGAGGAUAUGGGGGUGGAUGGGACGAUCACGUAUAUUGGCCAACUCAUUCAGCUGGCCACAACCUAUGACAACACCAGCAUUCACCCGCAUGUAAAGGACUUCGGAAAGAUGGUCCAUGAGACUGUUUGUGUGCAGGUCACCGAAGCUUAUCCCCGCCUCAAGUGGUCCACGUUCUUCUCCACACUCAUUCGCAAGGAGGAGAAAAUCAAGCCCUGGUGUCAUUCGACGCACCUUGUUGACUUUGAUAUUGAGAUUGAGACCAACACUCUCAUGAAGCAGUUUGAGUGA